AUGUAUGCAGCAGCAGGUGGCGCCUCGCUGGCGUCACGCCAGGCCCGCAAGAAGCAGGCCCAGCAGAACACGAAAAACAAGGCCACCAAUCAGCAAAUACUGCGGGAGAAGCUUGCGGCGAAGGCGGCCACGACACCGACAAAGAGUAAACACUUCCACCAGCUGCCGGCGUCCUAUCUGCGGGCACCCCAUCAGCACCACCGGAAGCUCAGUGCGGGCUACACCAGCAUACCCGGCUCGGACCAGCAACAUCCGCACCACAAGUUCGGUGACCAACCGUGCACGUCCUACACCGGGGUGCCGGGUGGCCAUGGCCAUGGGCCGCAUCUCGGUGGUCCUGCUGGACACGCUCACCACCAUCAUCACCACCAUCAUGGGGUACCUGGUGGAGUGCCACAUCCGUGCCAUCUACACGGUGCCGGACCGUCCGGACAGCCACCCGCAUCGGGGGCGUCCUUUCCACCGAUGCCCAAACCCACUGGCUUCCGCGAGUACGACAAGCUGGUGCGGCGCCAGCAGCUUACAAAGUCCGCCACCGCCACACUACCGCUGGUAUCCCAGGCCCAGCAGGAUCUUUCACCACCGCAAACGCCCACGUUUGGAGACUCGGUGGGCACUGAACCGCACGCCGGUCACCACCACCACCACCACCACCAUCAGCAGCUGCUGCUCUUGCAGCAACAGCAGCAUCCCCAUCACGCUCACUCCCAGCAGCAUCUCGAUAAGGUCGGUCUUGCGGGUCAGGAAGAGGGUGAGGCCGCACUCACGCAACCACUAACGCUGCAGAUCCCGAACGAUCCGAUCAUCAUUACGCCGGCCACACCGCAGGCAACACCGCCCGGGCGACUUGGGCUGAAGCCGCUCGUGCUGACGGACGACGAGGAGGCGCACCCUCUGACCAGUCCAACGCCCGGUGCACUCGAGCGGAAGUGCAGUGUCUAUCGGGGCCGCAAGCUGGACCCGUUCGAGGAGCAGUUCUACAAUGCGACGACAAUAACCAACGCACAGCAUCAGCACCAUCAGUACCAUCCGGACGAUGUGUUCUUCCCGCCGGGGACCGGCAGCGUGCCGAAUGGGGGUGGUGGUCACUCCACGACCACUACCACACCCGGACACCAGCAGCUGGCCAAGUGGGACUCGGAGUACUACUGCUGUGAGUGUGACCACCGACAGUACGGUGUGUGUACCUGUGAUCAGUUCGAGUGUGCCCAAGGUCGUGCAGCAUGGUUAGAAAGAGGAAGACGUUGCAGCGUUCAGGAAACACCCGCCUCUUGCCAUCGACGAUGGGUCAAACGGAAUCGGAUACAAGACUCAUCGUUAGGUGGUUCCUCGGACGAUGAAGACCUGCUCGGCGUACUCAGAGGACCCAGUUCAUUCGCCAAUGCCUUCCUAUACGUAGGUUUAGGUACCAUAGCAAUCGGUUUAGUGAUAGCAUUCGUCGGUACCGGCGAGAAAGGAUUCAAAACGGUUGAACUAAGACUAAUCGGGCCAUCGUUAAUUGGUCUCGGCUUAUUUUGUUGUAUAUUACGUAUCCUGUUUUGUAUAUGCCCAUCCCAUUGUAUAUCAUCUAGUCGUAGAGCGCGAGAUAAGAAAAACGCCAAGAUAGACGCAGAUCAUAGAACUUCCCUGUUACGAGGCAACAGUAAACGAGUAUCGAUAGCACGCGGACCUCACAUACCGACUAAACAGCCUCAAAUUUAUCCUAAAUCCAUCGUUAAAACCAAAACCUACGAAGGUGUGGAGGCACUGCGGCAGAUCGCGACCACGUCACUCUUUCUGCAGAAUGAGCAAAAGGUGUCAUCGAACCGUAUCGUUCCUAUUAUUAAAGAGCCGGAAAAACUGGAAGAACCACCUUUAGAGCUGAAGAAGAUUGAACCGCGACGGAAUGAGGCUGCGAUCGUGAGCAUAUCGGACGGUGAGGAGGAUUCGCAUCGAAGGCAAGUCGCCGCCCAAGCGUCCGAUACCCAGGUGAUAGAUCUUACAGGCGAAGACCAAGAAGAGGAACAAUCCUAUUCGCCCAGUAGCGGCACUAGCCACCAGCGCAAGGACAGCAAGCUGCGCCGCCAGCGAACCUCCGUGCACCAGCAGAAACCGGCCAGAGAGUUGCAGAACUCGGCGUACGGUGCCAGCAACACGGCGCCCAGCGAACCGCCGAAUCUGCUGAUGGAAACAUCGCUCAUGAUCAUCGGCCCUACGCCACUGAGCUCGCCGACAAAAUCGACGACCACAACCCCACCGACCAUCCCCGGGGGCGCGUCCUCACUCACCAUUCCAACGAUGUCCGCGAACGGGUCGGCAGUGCACAGUACGGCAGGCAAAAUGGUCGCCGCUGGUACGAGCACAACGGUGGGCAAUCUGCUAACACUGCCGACCGCGGCCAGCUCGACGUCCGGCACAGGUGGGCUAAGCGUCAGCUUCGCCGGCAGCACGCCGCUGCCGGGACAACUCUCACCAUUGCCCUCGACGUCGUACCUUUCGUCGUCGGUUGUCGGUGGGUACCGAUCGUCGGCCACCUCCUCACCGCUGCCCGGUUUCAUACCGUCGGUGUCGCCCCACUAUCACAGCAACAGCAGCAGCAGCAGUAGCAACUACAUCUUUUCGCCACCGCCUUUCACGCAACACGAGCCGAUCACGCUAGGAACCAAUACGAUCACGACGGCGGCCUCCACGCAACUGCACACGUCGUCAGUGAACUCCACCAAAACCGAACCGGAACUAGUGUUAAGUCCAGCGAAGUUAGGACAGUAG